AUGUUUACACCAUAUGAAUAUAUAAAUUUAGAUGAAUUUGAUGAACCAUUGAACUUUGAUCCAUUUACAGCUGAAACUAACUUAGAUGCAGAAGAUGAUACAGAAUCUGAAAUAGCAGUAUUUACAAGAGAUACUAAAAUCAAAGAUGUAAGAUACUCUCUAGUUCCCAUUGAAUAUCCAGAAACAUCAGAAGAAGAAGUUGCAUAUAUUUAUCACAUUGAAAACUGGGAGGAUCCUAAGGCAGUAUUUCGUGAUAUCCAAUACUCACUCUGUGAUGACAGCGGUAGUUUUUCUAAUGUUGGAUGUCCAUUUUUUGGUAAAGAUAUGGAUGAUCCAGAAAAUAAAAAAUGGAUCCAGGUUAAAAAGGCAAUAAAACAUUGUGGAGACAUUAAAACUUAUCAAUUAGCUGGUCCAAAUAUCUUGAAAGCAUUACAUACUAAAGUAAAUUUUGAAACCAAUCCAUUUAUCUGUGAAGAUGAUUAUAAUAAUACUUCAGAAAAUAGGAUUACAAGAAUACUUACUCAAACUGAAUUCAUAGGAUGUGAUAAAUGGAAACCAAAUGAAAAAGGUCAUAUUUCUUUGCAAAUUAAGGCUGGUAUAGAUAUUAAUCUUUUAAAGUCACUUUUUGCAAAUCAGAGAAAAAUUUUAGAUCAGAAAGAUGAUACAAAUUGCAAUAUGUUGCACCCUACAGGUUGUCAUAAGAAAUAUUAUGUUGAAUUCAAAAUACUUACACCUUUAAAUUUGCAAAGAUUUCCUUUUGUAAUUUUGAUAUCUAAAGGAAUUUAUACACAUCUAUCACCACCUUUAUCUAAGACUCCUAUUUGUAUUAAAUCAGAGUUGAGGAAACUAAUUGAAAAUUCUAAAGAACAACUUAUAGAUAUAACUGCAUAG